AUGCCAGAUCCGGUGGAUGGGCUGCGCAACCCGCGAGAAGCUAAGAACCACUUCCUCAAGUACCUGAAAUAUGAGUUAUUCACGCUCAACUUCUACCGAGCGCAUAUGCUCUACUUUAUCAUUGUCAUUGCGAUUUCGUCCGUCAUUGUGUAUGGAGAGGGAGUUAAAAAUGGGCCGAAGGAGUAUAGAGACUCGCAUUUGAGCUACAUGGAUGCGCUCUUUUUGACAUGCAGUGCUAUGACAACGACAGUAGGUCUUAACUCAGUAAAUCUAGGCGAUCUCUCCAGCUUCCAGCAAGCAGUACUAUGUAUACUGCUUAUCAUCGGCAACAUCCCCUUCGUCUCCAUGGUCGUCGUUCUAAUCCGUCAAUCUAUGUUUCGUAAGCGCAUGUCAGAAGUCGUAAAGCACUCGCGCACCAUGCAGCGCCUAGUUCAGGACAUCGAAGACAACCGCCAAACCGAAAGCAGCGGCAAUAGCAGCAACAACAACCUGCGCCAACGUCAGGUCGCUGGAGGCAGAAAGAGCAGGGUGAAUGGAGAACAGAAGCCAGCCAAGACCCAGCCCUUGAACAAGAGGAAGACAUUUCACCAUCAGACAGGAUUUGGGUUCGUGCCGACGCCUUGGGAGACGCAAUUGGUGAAGAACUUCUUCAAGCGUGUGUUUGAUAGUGUGACGAGCGAGUUGAAGCCCGAACAGCACGAUUACGUAUCUUUCAAACCGCGUCUGGAUUCCAAAGGACGGUUCCUUAAGCUCAGCGAGCACGACCGACUGGAAUUGGGCGGUGUGGAGUACCGCGCUUUGCAAGCUCUGCUGUAUAUCUUGAUCGGCUAUCAGCUGUUCUGGUAUACUUUUGGUGUUGUGUUCUUAGUACCAUACGCGUAUUGUACUAAGACAAGAGACAUAUUGCGCGAAGCGCAGCCAGGAGGUCUGAAUCCGGGGUGGUGGGCAUUCUUCUCGACAGUUACCGAGUUCGCAAACGGUGGUCUGAACGUGCUGAACGCCAACUUCAUACCAUUCAGUGGUAUGCCGUACAUUCUGAUCAUUGCUGGCGCGCUUGCUUUGAUCGGUCAGACACAGUUUCCAAUCUUUCUAAGGUUGACAAUCUGGAUGAUGAAGAAGUGUGUUCCAAAAGGGUCGCGUCUGCACAACACCUUGCAGUUCUUGCUGCAACAUCCUAGACGAUGCUUCAUCUACUUGUUCCCGAGCAGGCAGACCUGGUACCUUCUGGCAAUUCAAAUCACCAUCGAUAUCAAUGCAUGGCUCUGUUUCGAGAUCUUGAACAUUGGCAUGCUGGACAUUGAGACAUUGCCUACCGGUACAAGGACCCUCGAUGGUUUGUUCCAAGCAACCGGUCUCCGCACGUCUGGUGCUUAUAUCAUCGCAUUCAGUUCUCUUGCACCAGCAUGUCUGGUAGCUUACCUUGUCAUAAUGUACAUCUCCAGUUAUCCCCUGGUGAUGACCCUUCGCAAAACGAACACCUACGAAGAACGCUCCAUCGGUCUAGACGAAGGCGACGACAGUGCUGCCGGCAUUGCAUCACACCUGCAGAAGCAGCUCGCAUACGACAUCUGGUUUCAGUUCCUUGCUUUCUUCCUUGUGUCAAUCAUAGAGCGAGGUCACAUCUUGCGAGGAGAUCCAGGCUUCGAUUCCUUCGCUGUGCUCUUCGAAGUCACAUCAGCAUACGGUACGGUUGGACUGUCAACUGGUGUGCCAGGUGAAGACUACAGCCUUAGUGGCUCAUUUGCGAGCCUCAGCAAAGUUGUGAUGUUGUUUGUCAUGGUACGAGGCCGACAUCGUGGAUUACCGCUUGCGAUUGAUAGGAGCAUACUCCUGCCAGGAGAGGAGCUCAUGCAGCGCCUAGAUGCAGAGUACGGUGGUCGAGGUGGCGCUUCUGCAGAAGAUCUGCAAGAGCUCAUCACAAACAUUGAAGAGAGUGGUGCUCAGACUGGAGGUUCGAAAUCCGCCGCAGCGCAGCAAGAUCCAUAG